AUGCUACAAUACCACCACAAGGGCCUCGAUGAGUCCCCGGUCAAGAGAAACAACCCCAAUCGCAUUUCUCAAGCAACCAUGAAUAGUGUUGGCUCCUCUUCAAGUGGUGGGGCCCUUAGGCCACCGAGGACGGUAGGAUCUCGUGUCGUCUCGCAGAACUCAUCAUUGGGAGCCGAUCUUCGAGCAAGCACGUAUUCGCCCUUGUCUGCGGACGACAGCUUGUCCGUGAGCGGUUCGCCUAGAAUCUAUGCCCGCAAUCAGGCUGGUAACCGACGUUCGCCUGACACCAGACCAAUGUCGUAUAUCGACUUGCUGAACGAAGUGCCCUAUUCGCAGCAAGUGGCACCAGCCCCAGUCAUGAACAACAGCAGUCUUCAAUCUGCCGUCGGAAACAAUGCCUCGUUGCUUGACAACAAGAAAACCCUUGACAUGUACCGUGCCAACGUCAAGAAAACCAACGAUCCCAGCAUUCAAUACGAAUUUGCCAUCUUCAUGAUCAACGCAGCCAGAGAUCAUGCUGAAGAUACGGAAUCAGCUGCAGAGCUGAUCAAAGAAGCCCGUGGAAUUCUCCAGCGUCUCUCAGAUCGCGCAUAUCCUUUUGCGCAAUACUACCUUGCCGAUGGUUACUUCUCUGGAUUGUUCAACAAGGACAAGCCAGAUUAUGACAAGGCUCUGCCCCUUUUUGUUGCAGCGAGCAAGCAUGGUCAUGCAGAAUCAGGAUACCGUGCUGCUCUGUGCUACGAAUUCGGAUGGGGUUGCGCGAAGAAUUAUCCGAAGGCUGUGCAGUUCUUCCGCGCUGCUGCAUCGAAGGGUCAUCCAGGAGCAGCAAUAAGACUGGGCAAGGCAUGUCUCACUGGUGAUAUGGGACUUGUAAAUCGAUAUCGGGAGGGUGUCAAGUGGCUGAAGCGCGCUACAGACUCUGCCGACUAUCAGUACAACAGCGGUCCUUAUGAGCUUGGACUAUUACAUAUCACUGGCUUCGGCGAGGAUAUCUUCAAGGAUGAAGCAUAUGCCGCUCAGCUCAUGACAAAGUCAGCCGAGCUGGGCCAUCCGGAAGCGAACUACCGAAUGGGACAAGCAUACGAGAAUGGAACAUUUGGAUGUCCCAAAGACGCUGCAUUGAGUGUUCACUUUUACAACGGUGCGGCAUCGAAGGGCUUGCCCGAAGCUAUGAUGGCAUUGUGUGCCUGGUACAUGGUUGGCGCAGAGCCAGUCCUCGAGAAGGACGAAGUUGAAGCCUACGAGUGGUCAAAAAGAGCUGCUGAGAUGGGACUUGCAAAGGCCGAAUACGCUGUGGGCUACUUCACAGAGAUGGGUAUCGGUUGUCGACGCGACCCCUUAGAAGCCAACGUGUGGUACGUCAGGGCUGCGGAUAAGGGCAACGAGACUGCCAAACAACGACUCGAUAUUAUUAGAGCAGCAGCUUCUGGAGAUUCGGGCAUACCCAUGGCCAAGGGCAAGGCAAAAACCAAAGAACUUGGUGGUGGUAAAGAAAAGGAGUGUCUUGUCAUGUAA